UUCGCACCGCCUCUUCCGCUUCCGUAUCAACAGACUCAAACAUGGCCGCUGUACGAGAGCAAAACCAAAGCACGGAGCGAGUUUAGUGUCAAAUAUCUACGUGAAAUUCAAGUUGAGACAGAAUGUUGGCGUGCGUGGACGUGGACACGGCGGAGGCGCGGCUGCAGCGCGUCACAGAGCUCCAGGAGUUCACGGAAACCUGCAGAAAACAUCUGGAACAUGUGUUCACAGAACUGCAGUGGAGACCCCCGUGUGAACCUCAGACUGAAUCUGACCUGGAGGAGGAGCUGGUGCAGUGCCCGUUUGAUCCUGGUCACAGAGUUCCUCGCAGAAGUCUGGAGAAGCACAAAGAAUCGUGUCACCUUAAAAAGAUGAACUACUCCUCAGAGGAACAGGAGCAGAUGCCUGACACGUCCUUCUGUUACAAGAACACAAAUGUCAGGACCUUUGUCAUGGAUAAGAUGACCCAGCAUCAGGUGAUUCUUCAGGCUCGUUCUGCUGCUCCGCUCAUGAAGAUGGAGGGCGUCUUUUGGCAAGGGCAGUACAGCGGAGAACCUGUGGAGGUGCCGCAGAACCAUAAGAGGGCGCUGUGUGACCUCACCGUGGCCGACCGAUUGGCUCUGUACGAUCAUGUGACCAGCAAACUGUCCAGUCAGGAAGAGGCGGCUCCGUCCUCCAGUAACGAGGACCUGUACGUGGAUCUGGUCAAGAAACUGCAGAAAGACGAGGAGCAGAAGGAGCCCAAGACUCACCUGGAGCUCAUGGCUGAGAUGAGGGACUACAAGAGACGCAGGCAGUCGUACAGAGCCAAGAACGUGCACAUCACCAAGAAAUCCUACACAGAGGUGAUUCGGGAGGUGAUAAAUGUGCACUCGGAGGAGCUGAGCCGACAGUGGAGAGAUGAAGGGAUCGACAGGAGUAGACGGGGGAGAGGGGAGGGGUCUGACAGGAGCAGACAGGGGAGAGAUGAAGGGCCCGACAGGAGCAAACGAGAGGGGUCUGACAGGAGCAGAGAGUGGAGAGAAGAGGGGCCAGACAGGGGCAGACAGGGGAAAGAGGAGAGAUCUGACAGGAGCAGACAAGAAGGGCCGGACAGGAGCAGGGAGUGGAGAGAGGAGGGGUCUGACAGGAGCAGGGAGUGGAGAGAGGAGGGGUCUGACAGGAGCAGGGAGUGGAGAGAGGAGGGGUCUGACAGGAGCAGACAUCGCGAUGGAGAACCCAAGAAAAAAAAGAAGAAACGCCAAAGAGAUUCACGUUCCCCAGACGACCAUCACAAACACAAGAAGAAGAAAAAGAAGGGAAAAAGGGAGGAGAGAGAGAGGGAGGAAAAAGAAGACAAGUGAGCCAUACAACAGAGCACAUGUUGUUAGAGGAGACAUCCAAUCUUCAUGUCAAACAAACGGUGAUACAGUUUGUGUGUGGGUGGGGGGGGUAAAUUUAUUCUUUUGUAAAAUGAUCCUAAAAUGUGAAAU